AGUGUGAGAAUUGGAAGAAAAGUAGCUGCAGACACCACCACAAUCAGUGAGUUCUUUUCUUUCACUAAAAAGACCUCGUCGGAAAGGGCGCCCCGGCAAAGACCCACGAGAUCAUUACCAAAAUGCUGGACUACGAAUGGGGAAACCCCUCCACCGUCAUGCUCUCCCCCGACAACGACCCCGGAUCCGACCCCACCCGACACCACCACAACACCACCACCAUUUUCGACCAUUACGCCUCCCAAGCCUCCCAAGCCUCCGCCUUCAACAACCUCGUCCCUCCUCCUCCUCCUCCGCAACAGCAAUCUCACCACGCCGCAUUUGCGCACCACUUCAACUCGGCCCAGGCCCAGCAGCUCCACUCCAUCUACGACGCCCACGCCUAUGCUAGCGCAUCGGCCUACGCGCCUCCAAACCACCACCCUCUGCUCUCCCUCGACCCGAUCCACGGCGGCGCGGCCCACGGCCCGGCCCCCGACCCCGGGUCGCCUCACGCCCCGCGGUGCCAGGCCGAGGGCUGCACGGCGGACCUCUCCCACGCCAAGCACUACCACCGCCGCCACAAGGUCUGCGAGUUCCACUCCAAGGCCUCCACCGUCAUCGCCAACGGGUUGACUCAGCGAUUCUGCCAGCAGUGCAGCAGAUUCCAUCUUCUUCCCGAGUUUGACAACGGAAAGCGCAGCUGCCGGAGGAGAUUGGCCGAUCACAAUCGUCGCAGGCGAAAAACUCAGCAAACAAAUCAAGAGAAUCACAACUCACAAGUACAGCAGCUAGUGGAAAAUGCCCGGAAUUCUUCUUCAGAUAAUGUUGCAAGGUCUCCGCCUGAGUCGGCAGCUCAUUCGGCGUCCUCUGUGACCGUGGCCCUGUCGCCGCCACGAAUGACGUUGGAUUGUUUUAGGCAAAGACCCUAUCAAGCUGCUGCCACAACUUCUUCAGGGUCAUCAGCUCACUUUUUUUCUCAAGUGGGUAAAAGCCAAUUAGAAUGAGUUAAUCAAUGGCGUUGUCUAUUUUUAAUUAGUCUAGUCUUCCCUAAAAUUUCAGUCUUAGUCUGAACGAAUUUUAGUCACAUUAAUUACAUGCAAUAUUGGAGCA